UGUUGACCAUGUUUCAUUUUACUUUGGAAAUAAUUAUGUGAAGUUAUAAAUACGACAAAUACGUGACUCAGUGUCUGUAGAAAAUAAAAUUAUUAUGCUACAAAAAAUUGCACGACAAAUCAUUUGAACUAUAUUAAGAUUGAAAUUUACCAAUAAAUUGUGGCCUAACUGCCACGUGUUUUUGACUUAUCGCAACGUGCACACUAUCGUUAUAUGUUUAUAACGCAACGUAGUUCAUCAAUAAAUAAAACUAACGCUGUAUUUCUCUCUCGAUCAUUAUUUGCUUACAUCAUACCCUAGUUGACUACCAAACUUUACAGAUAUCAUAAGACAACCAUUGGACUUUUAAAUUGUUUACCCAUAAUAUAUACAUAUAUCUUUUAUCUCUCAUCUUGCAUACUUUUAUCCUAAAUUAUGUAACCACUGGUACAGCCAAGGGCAAUUAUAGGUCGUAUUUGACAUUCUGCAUUCCUUGAUGCAUAAGUCAGUUAAGACACACAGUCUUCAAAACAUGCCGGAAAGCGCUGGGAGAUUUGGUCCCCUUGUCGGGGCUAUUGAUGAAGGAACAAGCAGUGCUAGAUUUUUAGUUUUCAGUGUCCGUCGAAGAGAAGUAGUAGCCUCUCAUCAGAUUGAAAUAAAAAAUAUAUAUCCUCAAGAGGGUUGGGUGGAACAGGAUCCUAAAGAAAUACUUAAGGCUGUCCACCAAUGUAUAACUAAAACGAUUGAAAAGCUGGAAGCAAUAGACAUAGACAAGUCAGAUAUCAAAGCCAUCGGCAUUACCAAUCAACGAGAAACUACUCUAUUAUGGGAUAAGGAAACUGGAGAACCUUUGCACAAUGCAAUUGUAUGGCUGGAUAUGAGAACUACAACCACAAUCGAAAACAUUUUAGAUAAUGUUCCAAACAAUACAAGAAAUAAAAAUUAUCUCAAACCCAUAUGUGGGCUACCUAUAUCACCAUAUUUUAGUGCGCUGAAAAUUCGCUGGCUCAUUGACAACGUACCAAAAGUGAAACAGGCCGUUCAGACAGGCAGAUGCGCUUUUGGGACUGUAGACACCUGGCUCAUAUGGAACCUUACUCAAGGAAAACUUCAUAUAACGGAUGUUUCCAAUGCAUCGCGUACAAUGUUAAUGAAUAUUGAGACAUUAAAGUGGGAUCCUCUGCUCUGCCGUUUCUUUGGCAUUCCAUCUGAUAUGCUUCCAGAAAUUCGAUCAUCUUCGGAAGUUUAUGGGAAUGUUACAUACCCGGAGGUUUUGAAUGGGAUACCUAUUUCUGGAUGCAUAGGCGAUCAACAAGGAGCUCUUGUUGGCCAAUUGUGCCUAAGGCCAGGACAAGCUAAGGCUACUUAUGGCACAGGAUGCUUCUUGCUUUACAACACUGGAAGCAUGAAAGUAGACUCAUCGCAGGGACUGAUUACUACAGUUGCCUACAAAUUGGGACGCUCAUCUGUUGUGUACGCUUUAGAAGGAUCGGUUGCUGUAGCCGGAGCAGCACUGUCCUGGUUAAGAGACAACAUGCAGCUGAUGGGUAAUGUCACAGAGAGUCAAGAUUUGGCUGAAAGAGUACGCUGUUCUGGUGACGUUUAUUUUGUCCCAGCAUUCUCUGGGCUGUACGCUCCUUACUGGCAGCAGGAUGCCCGAGGAGUGAUUUGUGGAAUCACCGAGGACACGCAACAGUAUCAUAUAAUCAGGGCUGCACUUGAAGCUGUAUGUUUUCAAACCAGAGAUAUUUUGGAAGCGAUGGUCAAGGAUUCUGGGACUAAUUUAACCGAAUUACAAGUCGACGGUGGAAUGACAGCAAAUAAUCUUUUGAUGCAACUACAAGCUGAUUUGACAGGAGUUACCGUAGUGAGGCCAAAUAUGGUAGAAACUACUGCGUUAGGAGCUGCUAUUUUAGCGAGUCUUGCUAUCGGACUUCUGGAUAUCAAUGACGUUACUGCAGACGAAAUCACAAAGUUUUCGCCACAAAUCGGAGAAGAUGAACGAGAUCUUCGAUAUUCUAAGUGGAAAAUGGCUAUCGAACGUUCUAUGAAAUGGGAUUCGUCGUCGGCACCAAUUGAUGGACGAUACUGAAAGUAGUGAUUAAGAUAAAUUUAUACUUUCAUGUAUGAGUUUUAGAAAUUCUAAUAUUGUACGAUAAACUGACAGUAUAUUUACACUCAUUGAGAAUAUAGUCUAUCAUUAUGAUAUUCAUGUGUGUGGUGAUGGAUGAGAAUGUUUAUAAAACAGAUUAUAAUAAAGAUUUAUCCGUUUUUAUUA